UUGUCCAGCGAUGGCAAAUUGGAUGAAGAGGUGGAGGCUCCUGAUCCUCUUCAGCCUCCUCAGCCUCACUGAACUAUUCGAGGUGAGAUAUGAAGAAUGGGAGGAGCUCAGCCCAGAUAUUGCUGCACUACACCAGCUCAGAGGACUGUCUAUACACAUGUUUCAUGAAAAUAUCAGGAACCCACCGAACCACAGGUCUCUUGCUAUGGACUUUCUGUCACCUCUCCAUAGGAACACAUCCAUACAUGGGGCCAGAGUUGAGAGAUCUAUUAGCAGGGAGGACAUUGACCAAAACCCGAUGAGUUUGCUGUCUGAUCUUCAGGAGAAUGAGAAGUUCACAGCUUCUGUUAUUCAGAAGGAACAGGAUUUUGAAGGCUUCUUGGCAGCGAUUGAUAAACAGAAGACACAAGAUGUGCUCCUGAGUGCUUUGGAGAUCUCACACAGCUACAGCCAAAAACUUCUGGUCAUGACCGACAAAGAAAAGUCAACAAAUGACAGAGUCCAACAGGAAUACAGCAUGGAUCCUCAUUACUCAGUUAUAGUCAGCAACGAAUGCCUGUUCAAUGUCUCGUGUGUACCAGAAGCAGACAGCUAUACCUUGGUGAAAAUAUUUGGGAGUGUUUCAGAAGAUGGACAAACUGUGUCUGGCCUUUCUGGCUCUUCACUCGCAGAGCUGAUGUUGAAACCAUCACUGGAAACUGCGCCCGUGUUCUCUCUCGAUGGAAACACAACCAAAGACUUCCAACAUAACUUAAUUCGAGUUUUUACGGCCCGUGGCAUCACAGCAGUCCUAGAAACAAACCAGGAGAAUCACCAGACUUACCAGGUCAUGAACCAACUUGAAGAAGUUACUGGAUACCAAAUUCCACAAAGGCCGGUUGAUCACAGCACCCAGUACGACCACCAGCAGAUCCUCAUCCUGGAAGAUGACCCUGUUGUCAGAAAAGCUGCUACGUAUCUUAAUGAGAAGCAUCCAACGGUUUCCUCUGUCUACGUUCUUGAUGACAACCAAAGACCAGUACUGAUCCGAGGUGACUCCGUGCCUCUGACAGAGGACAGCCGGCUGGUGCUGGUUGGCCACGGCAGGAAAGACAACUCAGGAGAAAUGAGACUGGCAGGGUACGAAGUGCAAGAAGUCUCCACAAUUAUUAAACAAACCUCCAGGGAUUCCAAUAAAAUUAAAACAAUAACUGUGGUGGCCUGUGACGUCGGAUCAGAUAAAGCAUUCAUUGAAACGCUGCUGAAGGAUCUCCAUGACACCGCCGGCAUCGAGACAGAGCUGCACAUCAGGGACGCUGUGCUCCAGGUCAGACACACAGGAGAGAAAAUCACCCAAGAGAUCACUAAGGAUGGAGAGCAAUGGAGACAUGAAGAUGACAGCAAGAAAGUGGUCGCAACCCUCGACAGGAAUGGAGAUGUAAUUAUUAGAAAUGAGCCCGGCAGUAAAGGAAAGGAAAUCUUUACCGCUGAAAGAAACUUUCUAGGUCCAAAAAAAAACCAUUUUCUGGUCUACAGAGACAGCUGGCCAGAUGAGCCAAGGAGAUUUAUUACCCAGAAUGUUUUUGGGGAGGAUGCUGAAGUACAUAAGGCUUGUGAUGAACUUGAAGCUCUAUCCUGGGGAUUCUUUCACAACGAAAACAUACCCGCUCCAGAAAAAAUUAAGAUUAAAAACUUGGAUCUAAAAGAGUAUUAUUUAUCCCAAAAAAAAAGAGUUAAAAAUGAAAAAACGAGACAGUAUGAGGAGACAGGGGAGGUAGAGAAGAUAAAUAAUAAACAAAAAGUAAAAGAUAUUCUUUCCAACUGUUAUGAGAUUAAAUCAGGAGAAGAUAUCAGGAAUGUAAUCCGUCACUAUGCAAAGACCGGAGAAGAUGAGGUUACAUACCUGAAGGUCAAUGACUGGAUAUUAGAGGUUAAUCCUAAAUAUCUGUAUGUUGCUCCAAUCGGAAAAAAGCUUGACAACAAUGAAAGAGGAAAUGAACAACAAGUUAAGAAAUGUAUUGAAGAUCAGAUAGGAAAAGAAAGUUACUCUAAAAUACGAGAAGGAAUUAAAACAGAAAUGGGCCAGAAUGACCCAAUAAAAGGAUACGCUCAAUAUGUGGAAGGUAUUUUUUGUGGAGAGCCCACAACACCUCGCCUGCCGCUCCCCACUGAGGCCUGGUGCACCACAUAUUUCACUGCAUCAGUUAUAUCUGAAUCUGCUAGAAACUUCCGGACAUUUCCUCUGACUCUCAUGGCCCUGGAUAUGGUCCAAAGCACAGACAACAAUAUCAAAGAGAAUGGACUGAACUUUCUUUGGGAAGAACAUUCAAUGGCAAGAGGAGGUUCUUGGAUUGACCCAAGCAGGCGUGGAUUUAGUGGCUCAGCCGACUAUGAAGUUUCCAGCAAAUCAAAGAAUUACUUUAAUCCUUCGACUCCUGAGCAAUUAAUGGAUAAUCUUAAAUAUCUUAUAACAAAGGAAGUCCAACUGUAUAGUAGGUGGAUUCAAAAGGAAGGAGGAAAUAAUCCGUAUCAGAUAUUGGAUAUCGCUAAAAACAAGUACAGGAUAACUGAACGUAAUUCAGUUCAGGAUUACAAAACAUUCACAAAAAAAUUAGAUAACAGCGACUAUCCAGCAUCUGGUGGAUUAGGAGGCUUCAAUGACGGCCACGUAACAUCCCAAGACUUAAAAUCUUCCUCCGAGUUGGAAAAGUCCUUCAAACUUGAAUCGUAUUACUCCAGGCAGAGCGUAUUAACCGCUGAACAAGUCCACAGUCAGUUAAAGGCAAAAUAUGGUGAAAGUCUGGCAGGGUUGCAGGUCCAGGAGGGCAGCGCCAGAAUGGAGAACGAAGAGUUUGUGUGUCAUCUGUUAGACGGUGCUGAUGCUAAACCUGUUGAGUUUAGGGCUAAAUUAUCUCCGGAGAGUCAACGCUACUAUGAAACAAUGUCAGAGAGCAUUGAAACAGCAGUUCAUGACAUGGAAAAUCACGGUUCAAUCUCCUUCCAUCAAGGCAGCAAGUACGUAGAGCACGCUGGGCAUGCUGUUGGGACGCUGGGCCUCAUGCUGGGGCUGAAAGGAGCUGUUCGUGCUUUUGAACAGGGUGACUUUAAAGAUGCCGUGGUGGGGUCUCUACAAACGGCUCAUGGAGUGACAGCUAUGACAUCGUCUGUUAUUGCAAAGAAAGCUUUGUCCUCAGAGGCCAGAAUGGCCAAAGCUGUAACAUCGGUCAUGAAAAGCCCUGCAAUGAAGGGUUUUACGUCAGUUAUACCAAUAGUGGGAAUUGGAUUCGGGAUAUACAAUCUUGAACAAGAUUUGGAGAGAGGUGAUGCGCUGGGAAACAUCGAUGCUGCCUUAGAUGGUAGUAUGGUUGUUUUAGAUGUUAUUGAAACUGCUCAGCCUGAACUGGUCCCGUUGAUAAUGCCUAUAAACCUGGCUUUAUCCGUAGUCCGGAUGGUCAAUGAUGAAAUUUAUAUGGGCAUACAGAAUGAGCUAAACAACCUCCCGAAAGAUGCUGGAGUUCUGGAGAAACUGGGGGCCGUUUCUUUAGGCUUUCUAUAUGGGAUUCAGCAUUUUGGAAUUAGUGUGGCGAGUUUCUUUUACGAUUGGCAUUACGAUGAAAUUGAGCAGGGAAACAGACUUGUUGCACAGAUAUCAGACUAUAACAAAUAUUACAAAGUUACAAAGCAAAAGGAUGGAACGAGCACCGUUGAUUUUAGCGGUGGCGACUCUUCUGGGAACGGAGGAGGGGUUCACUUCUGCCUCGCCGACCAGGGUCCGUCUGAACUCUGCAUGGACUAUUUUGUGUCUAGUAAUGAGAGUUUUGGGAAAAGGUGUUGGCAGAUUGAUACACAGGGAAGCAAAGAUAUUAUUCUUGGCCUUGGAGAGUCAAAGAAGUUAGAGUACAUGACACUACAGAAGAAAAUACUCUGGUUCAUACCAGCCGGCUCUGUGACGGUGGUUUCAGGUUAUAAAGCUGUACCAGAGUCAAGGUUUGGGGAAUACAAAGGAAAUAGAGAUUCUAAUCGUUUUUUUGCAAUUCAGAAAGCAGAGGAUGAACAUGUGAUUGAAGUCAUGUUAAGUUACUAUUACAGGCUUUAUGGUGAACCAGGUGAUGACAUAUUCUUCCUCGGUCCACAGAGAAGUUAUGUUGAAGGAUGCGGAGGAAAAGACACGUACAUUAUUCCUAAAAAUGGAGGGAAAACAGCCAUUAACAACUACGAUCCUUCCAAAGCACUAGACACUCUUCAUUUAAGUGUUGAUUACAGUGACAUUUCUGUGUCUAAAUCUGGAAAUGAUGUUGUGUUAAUGUAUGAGGGAAGUCACACUGUGACCAUAGAAGGAUGGUUUUUAGGGGAACCGUAUCGUCACAUGAACAUGAUGUCUGGAGACGGAGUCUUGUUUGAGAUUUCCUCUGUCGUGGUUUCUUCUGUUCAGCUGAUGGCCGUAGGGAUUAACAAGAUGUUUAGCUCUAGUGGUGGAUAUGUAGAUGCAUCCCAGCCACUUUUAAGCACAGUUACAAACAUCGUUGGAUCUCAGGGUACUGAUUUCCUCUAUGGAAAUGGAGAGAAUAAUAUCAUAGAUGGAGGAGGAGGUUAUGAUUGGUUGAUAGGCCGUGAAGGAGAAGACAUGUACAUAGUGAAAGUCAGAAAACAGUCUUUAGUGUCGAUUAUAAAUUACUCCAAAGACACUAAAACAGACCUGGCCAUAAUAGAAGCAAACCUUCACACUUUUAGAGUGGAAGUAAUGGAUGACCAUCUUUUUCUGAACGCUUUCCAUGACAACACAUCCGUCAGUGUGGUUUUAAUGAAUUGGUUCAGAUCAGCAGCAGACAGACAUUUGUUUGUUGUCACAAAGGAUUUGAUCACUUUCACAAUCUCAGAUAACAAGGCUGACUGCCUGGACAGAGACCCGUUCACCAAGUGUAUUAAAAGUAGCAGCAUCGACUACAGCAGCUCGCCAUCUCCUCUGUUGGUUGACCUUCAGGAGGACGAGACUUUUAGCAUUGUGAUGGAGGUUCACGGGUCAAAUUUCAACGACGCAAUCAGAGGGAACAAAGAACACAACGUUAUUGUCCCAGGAGGAGGAGAUGAUUUCAUCCAGGGUAGAGGAGGAGAGGACUGGUACGUUAUCACGCCGGGCCAAGGAGUAAAAACCAUCAACAAUCAAUCUCCAAAUCUAGCCUUGGAUAUUCUCUUUCUGGAAGAAGAAUACGAGAACAUAAUGUGUUCUUGUGAAGGGCAGAGCAUCAUCAUUUUGGUACAUGGUAGAAAAGAUGUUAUUUUACAGAACUGGUUUGAUUCAAAGUUUCAUCAGCACCUGCAGAUUAAAACCAGUGAUGGAAUAACAGCUGGACUGAUGACCAACCGCAGCAGCUGUGAUGACUUGUUAAUGUUCCCCGUAACUAUUGAUUAUAGAAACCAGAAACCUGAACCACUUAAUUCGCUCCAAACACAUCUCCAGAAACACUCAAUUAGUGUAGAAGAUGAGUCUGAACACGAGUGUUUCACAUAUAGAAGAAAUAAUUCACAGAUUAAGCGAGUCUUCUGUGGCCUUCAAGGCACAAUGAUGAAUAUGAAUAAUCAUGAUUCAGUAAAAGAAAUGUACGGUUCCUCAGGUUUCGACAUCAUGGUUGGGAACAGCAAUGAGAAUCUGCUUGAUCCGUACACCGGAGGUGCCUUGAUGUUUGGAGGUGAAGGAAAAGACACUUACGUAAUCAAACAAGGAUAUGGAAAUGACUCAGUGAUCGAUAACUUUGCAGAAGAUCAGAAUAUUGAUACUGUGUUGGUUGACAUGGAUUAUCUUCAUGGCAGUCAAGUCACACUGGACUCAUCAACAGAAGAUCUGAAAGUGACGAUCACAUCAGAAGGGGAACAAUUCAAAUUCACUGUGCUCAACUACACCAAUGGUUACCAACAUCAGCACUUAGAAUUUCAGAGCUCUGACGGAGUGAAUUUUAAAUUGAAAUCACUAAACUCAACCGGAGAUGUCGCUUUUUUUGACACUGAAGCUUUCAAAGUGACUCUGAAACAGCUGCAGGUUGACUGCCGCUUGGAUCUCAACUCUCAGAGAAAUCUGUCAAAGGUCCACACGGUGCAAGGCUGUCCCUCCCAGUCCAAUAACAUAUUAGGUAACGAUCAAGACAAUGCUCUGAUUGGUGGGUGGAAGGAUGACGCCUUGGAAGGAGGCGCCGGAGAUGACACGCUGAUCGGAGGGAACGGAGACGACAUCCUGAUUGGUGGCUUGGGAGACGACACUCUUUAUGGCGAAGACGGAAAUGACACUAUGAUGGGAAACUCUGGCCAGGACGUCUUCCUUCCCGGACCAGGGGCCGAUCUGGUGGACGGGGGUCCUGGCAGAGACACGGUUGUGUACCGGGGCGAUCAUGACACAGGUAAAGGAGUUUAUGUCAACCUGCUGACGGGACAAGGCCGCUACGCCGAUGCUGAAGGCGACGUGUUGAAGGAUGUGGAGAUAGUCAUCGGCACCGUCUACUCUGAUAUCUUGGUGUCCGGUUACGAAAGUUCUCUUCUCAAAGGCUCGGACGGCAAUGACAUCUUGGUGUCGACCGGUGGUGAUUACCUGGUUGGAGGUGAUGGAAAUGACAUUUACAUGUUGGCUUUCAACAACGGUUCAGUCACGGUUGAUAACUGUGCCAAAGACAACGCUACAGACGUCUUGUACAUGAGCUCACAGUCAACGCCGCCAUUUGACUGCCAACUUUUGUCUGACAGAGAUCUCCUGACUUUCUUUGGAUUUAACCAAACUACAGUUAAAAUUACACUGCAGGGCUGGAUCAGUGAUGAGAAUGAAUGUGGUCAUUUGAAGUUGGUUUUUAGAGAUCAGGAGGUGUCGGUGGACCGGCUGCUGCAAGAGUGUCAGUUAAGACAGAAGAAAUCAGUUUGGUCUCUAGUCAUAGAGAUAAUUUAUUUCCUCUUUUUUUUCAUUUUUUCAGUUUUCAUAAGCAGAACAUUAGUUUUAAGGGCAAAACAACAAAAGAAACGGGAACAAACAGAUGUUGAUGCAGAAUCAGUUUCUCUGCUGGCUGAUGAGGAGAGUUACUUUAAAAGCAAGUACACAGUUUCUGCAAGGCUGGAUCAGUGAUGAGAACGAAUGUGGUCAUUUGAAGUUGUUUUAUAGACAUCUGGAGGUGUCGGUGGACCAGCUACUGCAAGAGUGUCAGUUAAGACUAUUUAGGAAAUGUCAUCUUCCUCUUACUUUUGGCAAACAAGCAGAACAUAAUUUUUAAGGGCAAAAUAACAAGAGAGAACUAAAUGUUGAAGCAGUAUUAGUUUCUAUGCUGGCUGAUAUAAUGUAGAGUUUAAUCUUGAAAAGCAAGGACACAGUUUCUGAAUUUCAUUGAUCAUUUGUCAUUUUAUCUUAACUAAUGCCGUGCCCUUUCAAACGUGUCUGUUUAGGACUGAUUGUUUGGACUCCUGUCUUGCUGCUUGUAGCUUUCUCCAGAACCAUUGUACCCCAAAAUGACUUAAAGAAGGUACACAAAGUAACCCACUGUGUACUAUUAGGCUUGUUUUAGAUGAGCUGCGCCUCGCCCCCUGCUGGGUGGUGACAAAACGCUGCGGUCAAGUAGGACAGUUUCAGCUUUCAGUCUGAACAGGAAUUUACAGAAACACUCACUUCCUGUUAAGUCUGAUUCAGAUCUAUUAAAAUGUUAUCCUACCCAUAUAUCCGCUUGUUUAGAUUCUGACAGAGUAGCUGUUAAAACUCUGCACGCAAUCUGCUUCUGAUGUCAAUAAACAACAUUUAAACAAAGUAUCUUCAAAUAUCAAUCAGAAACUCUCCAAAUCUAAAAUAAUGAAAAGUUGAUAUAAAACCUCAUAGUGCAUACCUCUUUGAUCUUAUGAGGUCAUUGAUGCCCAUUUGCAGGAUCAAUUUGGACCCAAAUCUAUCGAUUCUGCGCAGGCCUUGCUGAUCUCCAACAAACCUGAUGACUUACUAUCGUUAACAAUUUAACACUUCAGCAGAAGUAUUCAUUCUCAGCAUCGGUCAGGUCAGUUCCACAGUUAACUUUAAAAAGUUUUUGUGUUGAAACUCCAUCAAAAUUGAGCUACUGCCUCACUGGGCACCCAACAAUACACACGGCAAGUGUGAAGUAGAUCGGAUGAACAGUUCUCGAGAUAUGUAGAGGACAACGCACCACACACACACACACACACACACACACACACACACACACACACACACACACACACAGACAUACACACACACACAGAGACACACACACACACAGACACAGACACAGACACACACACACACACACACACACACACACACACACACACACACACACACACAAGCUUUAUAGUUAGAUUUAUCAUGUGUUGUUUAUGUAAAACAUUUAGUGAAUGACAAACCUCUUCUACUUUAAGGGCACAGUGUCUGAUUUGGAUUAUUUAGUAAUCUAUUAUGUUGAGGAAAAUAUAUAAAAUGAAAACAAUCUUAUUAUAAACUACAUAUCGUGUUGUGAUUGUAAUGUAGCCAAACAAAAACUGUAACUGUACUCAAAUGUUUUUAUAAUCACAUGGAUUGUUUAUGCUUUGUUCAUGGAAAUAAAAUCAUCAUCAUGCAGAA